AUGUUUGAGAUAUUUUUCUUCUGGCUUGGUAUUCUUGGAAUUGUACAUUCUUUAAAUACAAUCGUUCGUUUUAUUCGAGGAUAUACCGGUAAGAAGCCAGAUAUUAAGAAGAAAUAUAACACAAAUUGGGUUUUAAUAACUGGAGCAAGCAGUGGAACAGGAAAGCACUUAGCGUUGAAGUUAGCAAAAGAUGGUCUGAACAUUGUUGGAACUGGUCGUGAUACAACAAGGUUUAAUUCUGUUGCCCAACAAUGCAGAUCACUUGGUGUUCAGUUUGAAACAGUUAUUGCUGAUUUUGCAAAGCCAGAGUCUGUUAAUACCGUUGUCAAAGCAAUGGAAGAUAAGGAUAUUGGCGUUUACUUCCUUUGUGCCGGUUAUGGAAUGGUUGAUGACUUCUUUAACUUUACUGAGAAGCAGCUUAUCGAUUUUAUUGAAUCUAUGGUAAUUUCCCAGACAAUUCUUUACAAAUACAUCAUUGAAAAGAGUAAGAAACGUAAAUCAGAAACUCUUGUUUACGGAAUCGCUUCAUUAGCUGCUGAAGCUAUUUUCGGAACAGGCCAGAUGUACUGCACAGUAAAGAGCUACAUGUCUUCAAUGUUCAGACACCUUGAAUUAGAAAUGAGAAAUGAAGCACCAAAUAUUCAUUUCCAGGCCAUCCAUCCAGGACCUUUUGCUGGAUCCAUGUUCUUUAACAAAGUUCCGCAGUUUGUUCAGAAUUUCAUCGAAAAAACCCAAAAAUUUUUACUGAAAGAUGAAGAUAUCGCUGAUAUGAUGCUUUAUACAAUGGGUAACGGCAUACAAGUUGAUGUCAGCUCUGCUUCUCUCUUCUCUUUAUUCGGAUAUUGGCUUAUCACCAAAGUUGGUCAAAACUUAGUUAAUAGAUUCUUUGUUUGGGCCAAAAUGCACAUGAAAUAA